AUGGAGAAGAAGUUUGGGAUGGAGAAGAAGAAGUUUGGAAUGGAGAAGAAUUCAGUGAAGGAAGGAGAAGAAGUUAGGGAAGAAGAAGAAGAUUUGGAUAGAGAAGAAGUCAAGGAUAAAGAAGAAGCUAUGGAUGGGGAAGAAGUUAAGGAGCGACAGAUGAUUAUUAUGGAUGGAGAAGAAGUCAAGGAAGGAGAAGAGGUCAUGGACGGAGAAGAUGUCAUGGAAGCAGAAGAUGGUUUGGAUGGAGAAGAAGUUAAGGAAGGAGAAGAAGUUAGGGUAAGAGAGGAAGUUAAAGAAGGAGAAGAAGUUUGGGAUGGAGAAGAAAAAGUUUGGAAUGGAAAAGAAUUCAAGUAUGGAGAAGAAAUCAAGGAGGAAGAAGAAGUUAAGGAAGGAGAAGAAGUUCUGGAUGGAGUAUGA